GAUCCGUCCGCUCGGCGGCAUCACGCCUUUCCCGCCGAUGCCGCCGCCGCCACCGCCGCCCGCCCGGGCUCCGGGGGUCCCAGCCGCGCGCCAGCUGCCCCGGAGGUCCUGCGCGCCGCCCGCGCCCUCGCCGCCCGCCGCGGCCGGGGAGAAGAAGAAGAGGCCCCCCGAGAGGCCCGAGGUGCCGCUCUCCAGCUCCUGGCCCUCGGCCACCCUGAAGAGGCCGCCGGCUCGGCGCGGCCCGGACCCCAGCCCUGUCCCCGGCAGGACGCAGCCGCCGGCCCCUGCGCGCGCCCCGCACCAGGCUUCGCCGGGCCGUGCGGGGGUCCCGGCCACGUGCGCCACGCCCCGGCGAGCCGGCCCCGGCCACAGCCCUGCGGGGGCCACCUUCGCGGGGACCUCCGCGGGGGCGGAGGCCGAGCCCGACGACGCCAUGCGCUUCUCCUUGAGCCUCACCCCCGAGGCCAUCCUGGUCAUCCAGAGGCGCCACCUGGAGAAGCAGCUGCUGGCGCGGCCCCGCAGGCCCUUCCCUUCGCCCUUGGCCGACCCCCGGCGCCCGCUGGCCCCCUGUCCCCGAGCCAGAGCCGCAGGCUUGCGGAGGGGCUGCGCCACCAGCGCUCCCGACGCGCUCCCGGACGCGGGCCUCGCCCGCCGCCCGCUACCCCGCGUCCAGCUGCUGCCCGGGGGCCUGCAGGCCGCCACGCCAGGGCCGCGGCCCGCCGACCUGCGUCCGGUGCUCAAGGUGUCGCUACUCAACGAGCGGCACAAGUACGACGACGUGGAGUACGAGGAGGAGGCCGAGGUGCUGGACGAGGGCCUGGUGCGCAAGUGCACCGAGUGGCUGCGUGGCGUGGAGUCGGCGGCCGCCGCGCGGGACCGCACCGGGCACCUAGACUCGCUGCCACACCUGAGCACCCUGUGAGCUGUGAGCCAGGUGCACCUGCAAGGGACAGGACCUCCUCCUGGACGCCUGCCCCAGGUGGGUGCGCUUAUGGGAGACCC